AUGGACCCAACCCGACGGUCAGCCCUGGCCCGGCUGCCUGCUCUCCGCCUCGUCGGUCAACAGCGGAUGGCGCUCAUUGUUCAGCCGUGCAUCGGCCUUGGCUUCGACAUCGUCGCCGGUACCGGUGUAGAGGACGUAAUGCUGAAGGAUGAAGACGCUGUCGUAGACCAUGCUCGCGUUCCCGAGGGCAAACUUGACGGGGUUGCCGGUGAUGCCGCUCCAGUCGCGCUGCUGCCAGCUAUCGAUGCCCUGCUGGGAGAUGCUCAGGAUGCCGCCGGCGAGGUCGAGGAGGACCUGCCAGAUGCUCCAGCCGCGCGUGCUCCUGUUGCGGGCGUUGGUGACGAUCUGGGGCGUGUACUUGAUGAGGGUGAUGAAGAGCUUGACGUAGCCGAGGGCAUAGACGACGUCGAGGGCGCACCAGUCGGAGGCGGGAUCGACAUGGCCCGCGGAGGAGGCGGUGGAGCUGACGACGAGGCAGGUGACGGCGACGCCGGCGACGCAGCCAAGGAAGACACCGACGAUGAAGCGGCUCGGCCGAGCGCCGACGGUCGGGGCGAAGCGCCACAGGGGGUGGGCGAGGAACGAGUACUGCGAGACCGUGACGAGGGAGAGAACGGUGGCGUGCAGGGCGAAAAUGAUGUCGUUGAACUGAACCGUCGGCGUCAGGCCACGGUUGCGGGCGGCGUACUGUUCGCGGACGACGGGGGAGUAGUAGAAGGCGAGGUUGGAGGCCAGGGGGAAGAGGGAGAUGCCGCGGAAGAGGAAGAGCUGGAGGAGGAGGAAGGGGUGGUGGAAGAGGACGAGGUGCGUACCCAAGACGUUGACCAGAGGAAAGUCGACGGUGGUGCCGCUGGUGGAACGGCGGUGCCAGUUGAGCAGCGGUUGUGGGUAAAAGCUCAGGCUCCAGCAGAAGGUGUAGAUCCAGCCGAAGAGGGCUGA